UUCAGCCAACAACUCUCCUCCCUCACUGUUUUUAAAGAUAACAGUGGAGCAACUGCAAAUACUGAAAAAACAGCACAGUUUGUCCACAGCCUCAAGGAGUCACUUUCUUAUACAAUGACUGAUUCUGAAUAUUUGGAUAAGACACUGACAGAUGGUGCAAGUGGUGGUCUUAAAAAGAGCAAAAAGAAACAAAAGAGAGAAAAUGCUUGGAGACCAGAGGGACCCAGAGACCCAUUUGCCAUGCUGGACUCUUUGCCAGAGAAGGAACAGCAGGAGAUACAGAAAGCCCUUCAUCUCUUCUCUCUGGGCAACGGCCUGCCUAAGACCCUGCAACAGGCCAAAAAACACACCUACCGCUUCUGGGACACACAGCCUGUCCCCAAACUGGGCGACCAUAUUACAACUCAUGGCCCAAUAGAUGAAGUGGACGCUAGUAACCGCAAUGAGCCUUACUUGCUUCCUCAGGGUUUCUCGUGGGAUACUCUGGACUUGAGCAACCCUUCUGUGUUAAGAGAGUUGUGCCAUCUGCUAAAUGAGAAUUACAUGGAGGAAGAUGACAACACAAUCAGAUUUGACUUCUCUCCAGAGUAUCUACUGUGGGCUUUACAACCUCCGGACUGGCGGAUCAGAUGGCACUUGGGUGUGAGAGUAGACACUAACAAGAAGUUAGUCGGUUUCAUUGCUGCUGUCCCUGCUGAGGUUCGCAUUUACGAGACGAAGAAACGACUGGUGCAGAUCAAAUUCCUGUGCGUUCAUAAGAAGCUGCGCCUCAAGCGGAUGACGCCGGUUCUGAUUCGGGAACUUACCAGAAGGGUCAACCAGCAGGGGCUCCACCAGGCUGUUUACACAGCUGGCACAGUGCUGCCCACACCAAUAAGCUCCUGCAGCCAAUGGCAUCGCCCUUUGAAUCCCCGUAAGCUAAUGGAGGUCAACUACCCUGGUCUAAAGCAGAACAUGAAUCUGCAGCGAGCCUUGAAGUUUAACCGCUUACCUGAGGUUAGUGGGUGCUGCCAUCUAGAGACAAGAUAUGUUACUGCUACGGAAGGGAAAGAAAUGUUGGACUGGAAAGAUAUAUUAAGGACACUGAUUGAAGCAUUAAAGUUUAGUCUUAAAUAUUUUUUUUACAAGGUGACAAAGAUAAACGGUCUGCGUCCUAUGAGCAAAGAAGAUGCAUCAGGGAUCCAAUCAUUACUGGAAAAAAACCUCUGCAAGUUCCACCUCAGCCCCCUCUUAUCUCUGCAGGAAGUAGAGCACUGGUUCUUACCAAAGGAGAAUGUGAAUGACACCUAUGUGGUUGAGGCAGACGAUGGCACUCUGACUGACAUGGUGAGUUUCUAUACCGUCUCCUCCAGGGUGCUAAACCAUCCUGUCCACACCGGUCUCAGAGCAGCUUGUCUUCUUUGCAUUGUUGGUAACCCCACAGGGGUGGCUGAACUCAUGCAGGACACGCUGGUCCUGGCUAAAUCUAAGGGCUUUGACGUCUUCUGUACCCUCAAUGUGAUGGAUAGCAUAGGUUUUCUGGACAACCUCAAGUUCACCAUUAGCGAUAAGAGUGUCCAUUACUACCUGUACAACUGGAAGUGUCCUCUCAUAAGCCCAGACAAGGUUGGCCUCGUGUUACCCAACUAAUCUGAAGCAAUGAAGAUGAAAGGAUCUCCACCACUACCAGUGCUUUCUGGAUUCAUUCCAGUGUUCAAAUAUAAAAAGGAAAAGCACUAGGACCCCCAUCCCACACACACACACACACACACACACACACACACCCCCCAAAUAAACACAUACAUAGAAAAGUAGUCGUAAUAUUAUUUGUAAUUAUGUGGUCCUUGCUUGAAUGACAAUUACUCCUUGUGUUUAAUGUUUUCAGGGCAUGCAAAUAUUGUUUUUGACUUGAUGGAGCAUCUAGUAAACAGGUCAGCUGGAUGGAUGCUCCUUUUACAUUGUAAUUUCUGAGUUUGUGUGUGUACUUGUCCAUGCACGUGUGUAAGAUUGUGCAUGGGUUUAUUGGUCAUAUAUAGUGACAAUGUAUAGGCAAUUCAUAAACUCUGUGGUCAUAAUGUUAGUUUGAAUCAGUCGAAAAACCUCAUAAUUCACUGUCACAGAAAUGCCCAUGCAUCCAUGUUUUGUGUGCCUGCUGCAGUUUUAGAAUGUCAAGCAUAAAUGCAAUCAAGUAAAACUCAUCUUUUAAAUCAGAAAGCAGAUUAGACCAAAGGAAAAUACAAUAAAGUCCUUCCUGCUCUAAUGUC